GUUCAGCUUGAUGGGAACGAAAAUAGAUAGAAAGCUAGAAGAGUGAACGUCGUUGAAGGCCGAAAGGUGAAACGUCGAUUAUGGCAGGAGAUGUUUAGUGUUAUGGUUGAAUGCCUGUGAAUCAUGUGCUAAGUAAGCUUUAAUUUUAAAGUUGAAACAGAAAGUUUAACUGUAAAUCUAUAUUUUAAAUAUGAAAAUGAAAUGCAUUAUUACGAAGAGCAGUUGACUACAGUAGUAAUAUCAAUAGUAGUUUAGUACAAUAUAUUUUUGAUAGCUGCAGAAUAACUGUUAAAGAGUUUUAAACUACAAGGUAAAAGUAAAAAUACAAUAUUCCACCAUCCAUGAACUGUUCUAUACAAGUAGGCAAAUAUAUUUUAUUCAUGAGAGAUGAUAUACUUUCCACGCCAGAUUGGAUCUCAUCUUCUGCUCUGCUUUGUCACAUUCAACAUCUUGUUGGCCAUGUUCAACAUGUUCACCUUUAGAGUUAGUUUUCAGCCAAGUCAGCCAUGUUCAGCUGUGUACAUGUUUCCUUCCACACCUGUAGUCACAUAUACCACUACUAACUUCACUCAAUAUGUCACCAGUGGGUCUUCAUCUUCCUUUAACCAUUCACUUCCUCUGUUGAAAAAUUCAUCCACUGUAGCAAAAGAUCAGCUAAAAAUGGAAGUCAGGGGCAAUUAUGUAGUAAUCAACAACUAUCUUAGUGCUGAAUUGUCUCCAGGAGUUAAUGAAAGUGUGACUUUAACCACUCAGGCAACACUCUCUUUUCUUCACCAUGCUGAACCAUUAUGUAAACACUGGGAUGGGCCCAUUUCACUUGCUGUGUAUGCUCCCAAUUCUGAUCUUUUAAUUGUUAUUGACAGAAUCUUGCAAAUGCGACAGUGUGGACAUCACUGUGUUAAGCAUAAUAUCACUUGGCACCUCAUUUAUGACACUCGGUUCCCUCCAGAAAAUGAUUUGAAGAAAAUUAGAACUAAAAUAAUUGAUUGUGAAGCACAUGACAAAAUUCCUAGUUUAAGAACAAGCUUUCGUGAAUCCCAUUCAUUAGUAUAUCCUAUAAAUAUUGCACGCAAUGUGGCUCGCCAGAAUUCUGCCACGUACUUCCUGAUGGCUUCCGAUAUUGAGCUUUACCCUUCUUUGAAUAUUGUCUCAAGAUUUUUGAACAUGAUAGCUAAAAUGGGCAAAGAUGCCUAUAACAAAACAGUUUAUGUUUUACCAAUAUUUGAGGUAUCAAAAACUGUAAAACCUCCUACAACUAAAACUGAAUUACUGAAUCUUAUUAAUAAAAAAAAAGCUGUUUUCUUUCAUAAGUUUAUCUGUGACUUAUGUCAGCGUUUCCCUGGUAGAGACCAGUGGCUGAAACAUGUUCCAGUUAAUAAUACACUAAACAUAUUUACAACUACCAAACGACAACAUCCUCUAACAUCAUGGGAGCCCAUUUACAUUGGAACUAACAGGGAACCAUCUUAUGAUGAGCGCUUAACUUGGGAAGGAAAGCAGGACAAGAUGAGUCAGAUGUACGAGAUGUGUCUGUUAGAUUAUGACAUCAGUAUCCUUGACAGUGCUUUUCUUGUACAUGCUCCUGGAAUAAAGACUAUUAAGAACAUGGAUCAAAAACAGCGACUUCCACACAUUCGAAAAAAUAAUGCUAUCCAUAAAGAAAUAUUAAAGGACUUGAAAAAGAAGUAUGGAAGCAAUCCAAAAUGUUAAAAUAGGUGUUGACUUUUGAAAUGUUUUUUUUAUUUUAAACCAUGUGUUUGUUUUUGAGCUUCUUUUUUAAUAAAAUUAAUGACUGACAAGCAAUAGAAUCAUUGAAGCUUUUUAAAUAUGACUCUAUGCUGAAAGAUUGAUUUGUGUUUUUAAGAAUUCAAAACAGUGAAUACUGUUUCCAAUACAGCACAGUGCUGCCCUCUAUAUACAAAAACAUGCAACAAUCGUUGAACUUCCACAUACCUCACGAUCUACAUGAUUCAACUAUGUCUUGGAUGUAAAUCAUCAUGCGACAGCCCUCCACCAAUAAGAGUGUGACAUGCCCUUCUGAUGAAUGUGAAUCCCUCUAUUCGAUUCUGCCGAACUAUCACUUUUCAUUAGGCAGUGAUAAAGUGCAGACGGUUUCCAUUUGUGCUCUUUUCACAUGUUGAUUUUCUUUUUUGUGCAUGUGAAGUAGUGAUUUACUUGAUUUAUUUACGUGCUACAGUAAGUUGUUCUGUAGUAGUUUGCCACAAUAACUUACCUUAAUUUAUUGAUUUUUUCUCAUUUUCAACUUCUGAAAGUAUUCCUGCUACUUCAAAAUGCAAAGUACAGUAUUUGUAUUAGCCAUAUGAUCUUCUAUAGAUCCAUGUGUCAUGUUUGGUUUACACUUGUAUUUAAAACUAACAUUAUUAAUAUAAAAUAAAAACUGAAUAGAUGUUUUAACUGCCAAAGUAACAAGUUUUGUGAUAACCCUGUAUUUUAUAGAACCUACUUCAGUCCUGAAAAAAAUGAAAAUGUGUGUUUGCCUGUCUAUAUGUGAGCCUCCUGAUUUCAAAGUUUUAAUGUUUCAUUACGCAACUUAUUUGUAACUUUUGAUGUGGGUUUCUUUAUACUUAUUCAUGGGUGGUAGAGUACUAAUGAUCCUGUUUAAUUAAAAAAUAACACUGCAGCCUAAAAUCACAAGAACAUUGGAUUUCUCUUUUGUUGCUUAGCACUUAUUUGCCUAUGGUAGACCUGUAAGCAAGUUGUAUUUCAAAUUAUGAAAUAUUUUGCUGCUAACUUCACUAAGUAGCACAGAUAGCCCAUUGUGUAGCUUUGUGCUUAACUUAAAAACAAAACUUCACUAAGUCAAAUAUUUAUACUUAAAUUUCAACUUCAAUAAAAAUAUGGCUGUUCAAUAAAUAUGUGGCUGCUUGCAUAACAUUCCUCAUGAUACUUAAGAAAUCUUUUUACAAAAGCCAGGAAAAAGAUUUUAAGAUAUUAUUAACCCUCAAACACACAAAACAUUUUAUAUACAAAUUUAGCAAACUUAUUUACAGUAGUGUACUUUAAUUCACACUAUUCACAGUGCUUGGUUAUAUAUACAAGCUAUACAUAUACUAUACUGCAGACUCCAGUAGCUUGUGACAUACAAAAUAGAGACUUUCAGGGUAAGAGUUAAUAAAAAAAGGCUGUAAUUAUCUUGUAUAAAUGAAAUUUAAUUUAGUCUGUGAGGAGCCAGUGAGGAUUGUUUUUUAUUCAGAAUCAUCCUAGUAGUGGAAAACAUAUUUCUAACAGCAACACUUGCAGUUGGAAAGUACUGGAAAGCCACUUGUUCAUUAUGAGGAAAAUUCAUGUGGUUUUGCUUCCAAAAUAUCGGUGGAUUGUCUACAUUUUCAGUCUGUGCUGCUCUAGUAGAUAAGUACUCUGACACUUCAUCCUGUAGAAGUGCGGAGAUUCACUAGAAGAAAUUUUUUUUGAUGCCUUCAAACAAUCAAGCAGUUUGCAUUUCUUGCUUUGUACUUUGUACAGAUUCUGGUGCAGAAGCAUACAUAAACCCCACAAAAUCCCAUCCUGUGUCUGAAGGCUCUGCAGUGGCAUCAGCUGCACAGCUUGCACUACUAGUGCUACUAGGAGUUCCAGUUAUAUUUUCAGACUCAAACUUUUUUCUUGAAAAGAAGGUUGCCCUCAUAUGCUAACACCUUGUCAUUUUGGCUUCAUCUGGUAGGCCUAUGUUCUCAACUUUCAUUGCAGGAUCAAGCAAAGCUGUAAUCCCUACUGCUUCCUUAUUAGGAAUUAUUUUCUUCCAAAUUUUUUUUCACUUCCUUGAUGGCCAGAUGGUCAUUCUUGUUUUCAUUUGUUACUAAGUUCUGAAUUUGUUCUUUUAUCAUGACAGGGAGACCCAGGUUUGGCUGACAACCACUGACCAAUUCAGUAAACUUCUUGAAAGGUAUAAGGAAGUUGUGCAAGUCUUUCAACAAAUCUUUGUCAGUUCCUGUCAUGACA